AUGGCCGAGACCAUCGAGAAGGCCAAGGACACCGUGGCCGCCGUCACUGAGCAGGUCAAAAAUGUCGUCGUAGGAUCCGGCGAGCAGGCCAAGGAGGCGGCAGACGAGGCCAAGGGCCCCUCCAAGAGCGCUCAGAAGAAGGCCGAGAAGGAGGCCAAGAAGGCUGCCGAGAAGGCCGCCAAAGCCGCCAAACUGGCUGCCGCUCCUGCUGCCGGUGGCAAGAAGCAGGACGACACCAUUGGCCUGACCGUCACCAAGGCCGACAACUUCCCUCAGUGGUACCAGGAGGUCGUGCUCAAGUCCGAGAUGAUCGAGUACUACACCGAGAUCUCGGGCUUCUUCGUCAUGCGCCCUGCCACCAUGUACAUCUGGAACGUGAUCCGCAAGUGGUUCACCGAGAGGAUCGAGGCCAUGGGUGUUGACGAGACCAACUUCCCCAUGUUCCUGUCGUCCAAGUCACUCGAGAAGGAGAAGGACCACGUCGAGGGCUUCGCCCCCGAGCUGGCCUGGGUCACCAAGGCCGGCGACAAGGAUCUGGAGGUCCCCGUUGCUGUCCGCCCUACAUCCGAGGCCGUCAUGUACCCCUACUACUCCAAGUGGAUCCGGAGUCACCGUGACCUCCCCCUCAGACUCAACCAGUGGAACUCGGUCGUCCGAUGGGAGGCCAAACAGACCACUCCCUUUCUCCGUGCCAGAGAGUUCCUGUGGCAGGAGGGCCACACUGCCCAUCUGACUGAGAAGCUUGCCGGUGAGGAGGUCCUCGAGAUUCUGGAGCUCUACGCUGGAGUCUACGAGCAGCUGCUGGCCGUCCCCGUCGUCCGCGGUACCAAGACCGAGAAUGAGAAGUUCGCCGGUGGUUACUACACUACCACCGUCGAGGGUUACAUUCCUUCCAACGGCCGUGGUAUUCAAGGUGCCACAUCUCACUGCUUGGGACAGAACUUUAGCAAGAUGUUCGACAUCACUGUUGAGGACCCCGCAGAGAAGGGCAAGCACAUCAAUGUCUGGCAAAACUCGUGGGGCCUCUCGACCCGUGUCAUCGGUGUCAUGGUCAUGAUCCACGGUGACGACAAGGGUCUGGUUCUCCCUCCCAGAAUCGCCAAGAACCAGGUUGUCGUUAUCCCCGUCGGCAUCACCAAGAGCACUACUCCAGAGGCCAAGGCUGCUCACGAGGAGCAGCUCCAGAGCAUCAAGGCCACACUGAAGAAGGCCGGCGUGCGUGCUGUGGAUGACUUGAGAGAAGGUUACACCCCCGGUUGGAAGUUCAGCGACUGGGAGCUCAAGGGUGUUCCCUUGAGAAUUGAGUUCGGCCCCAAGGAUGCUGCCAACGGGGUUGUCAGCUUUGCCCGCCGAGACACCGGCGAGAAGGGCACCAUCCCUAUCGCUGACCUGGCCACCAAGGUUCCUGAGCUCCUCGAGACCAUCCAGAGUGAUCUGUACAAGAAGGCCGAGAAGUCGUUCGACGAGCACAGAAUCGUCAUCGACGAUUGGGAAAAGGUCGUCCCCGCCCUAGACGCCAAGAACGUUGUCCAGAUCCCCUUCUGCCUCGAGCCCAAGUGCGAGGACAAGAUCAAGGAACUCACCACUGCCAAGCAUGACCAGGAGCCUGAUGCCUCGGUUCCUCAAGCUGCAUCUAUGGGCAUGAAGAGCUUGUGCAUUCCCUUCAAGCAGCCCAAGGAGGUCGCGGAGGGCCAGAAGUGUCUCAACCCUGAAUGUCAGGCACUGGCUAAGAAGUAUGUCAUGUUCGGCCGCAGCUACUAA